AUGACUUGGAUUCAAGUCGCUGCCCUACUUGGCGCAGAAUACAUAUCCCUCGCCAUUCUAUCAUUUCCCUGGAGUUUCAGCUAUCUCGGCAUUGUCGGCGGCAUUCUCGUCACCUUGGUCGUUCAAGGUAUUGUCAUCUACACAUCCAUGAUUCUCUUUCGCUUCUGCGAGCAAAAUCCAGGUGUCAAGCAUAUCUGUGAUAUUGGCCAAAUCUUGUUUGGCGGUCACAAGAUCUUUUAUGAACUCACCAUGGUGGGUCUGUUGCUAAACAACCUCUUCAUUCAAGCGCUACACUGUCUGACAGGUUCCAUCAUGCUCAAUACUUUGAGUGGACAUACAAUGUGCACAAUUGCCUUUUCUGGGCUGAUCGCGAUUGCUUGUGCUAUUGCUACAUUACCACGUACAUUUGCACAAAUUAGCUGGCUCGGCUGGGCAUCUGCCCUAUCCAUCUUGGUUUCCGUUAUUUGUUCAAUGGUCUUUGUCGGUAUUCAAGGCGAGCCUAAUGGUUAUACGGCUGCACGCGGUCCUGUUCACUGGUCUGCCAGCGCAACCACAACCGAUUUCAUCUCUGUCUUCAACGCAGUCUUGAAUAUUAGCUACACCCUCAUUGGUCAAAUAUGUCUGCCAAGCUUCAUUGCUGAUAUGAAGAAGCCCAAAGACUUUCCCAAAGCGCUCUACUCCGUGGCUGUGGUUGAGAUGAUACUGAUGCUGACGUGCGGUAUUUACUUUUACACACAAGCAGGACAAUUCACAAAAGCACCAGCCAUCGGCUCACUCAAGGGGAACUAUGCCAAGAUUGCCUAUGGUCUUGGAUUCCCUGCUGUGAUUGUCAUUGGUGUCUUGUAUGCGAGUGUCUUGUGUCAGUUCCUGUACAUGCGAUUCACAAAAAACACACGACACGCACUCGAUGCCUCUGCCAAGGGAAACACUAAAAAGGGGUGGAUGAUCUGGACGGGUCUCGUGUUUGCCAGUUGGGCUGUGGGUUUUAUUAUUGCUGAAUGUAUUCCCUUCUUCAGCGACUUGCUCUCCGUCAUGUCGAGCUUGUUUGACAGUUUCUUUGGCUUCAUUUUUUGGGGUGUCGCAUACUUCCACAUUACACCACGGCAUCGUUGGUUCAAGGGCAAACGCGGCUGGCUCGAGGGACUCUUCAAUAUCUUGAUUAUUGCGAUUGGUGUGUUUAUCUUGGUCGUUGGGACAUGGGCGUCUGUGGCGAGUAUCAUUCGCAGUUACUCAAGUGGCGCUGUGGGUUCGCCCUUUAGCUGUGCGGAUAACGGUGUUGCAGUCUAA